AUGUCAGAUGAUGAAAGACCAGCAAAAAGACAGCGUAUUGAUGGGUCAUCAGACUCAGAAUCCGAAAAUUCAGGAGCAGAAGACAAUGUACCCGGCAACGACCACCUGAACGAUAAUUCCGACAGCGACAUGUCAUCGGACUCGGAUGAUGACAAUGACAACGACAACGAUGAGGAUUCCGAUGACGAUGAUGACGACGACGACGACGACGACGACGACAUGAACCAACCGCGAAUGGCAGUGGACCUUUUCCGAUUAUUAGCUCACGCUUUCGUCGAAACGAUCGCCGAUGAAAAUGAAAUGGACAUAGAUGGGGUUAACUGGGUCCGAGGCACUUUAGGUGAUUCCGACGAAGAAGAAGAUAACAAAGACUCCGACUCCGAGAGCCAAAAAUCAGAAUCAAAAGACACUCCACUAAUAAUCGCAGUGAAAGCGGAGAACUUAAAAUCAAUGAAACAGCUUGUCAAAACUGGAAUCGACAUUGACGAGCAAGGUGACUAUUUUAAAACCGCGCUUCGCGUAGCAGUAGACAUGGAAUUCAUCCCAGGUAUUGAAAUUUUACUCGAGCACGGUGCUAAUAUUUCCGCUAAAAAUACUUCAGACACAAUUUACAACUACUGGGACACCCCGCUGCACAGCGCAGUGAAAAAAAACCGGCUGGACAUUGUCCAGCUGCUCUUAACCAAGAAAAUAGAUGUACGCGCGCUGGUAAAAAACCGCGAGACUGUCCUCAGCCACGCAAUCAAGCGCAAGAAUUGGGAAAUAAUAAAAUGUCUUACUCGUAGCAAUUCCGUUUCAAUAAACCACGACAAUUUAUUCCGCGAAACCUUCAAAAAUUUCUCACCAGAACAGCUGAAAGAACUAGGCUACGGCGAGCACGAAAUUUCUAUUUUAUUCGGCAGGUACGCUGACAUCAACACGUUAGACGAGUCUUCCCAAACUGUUCUUUUUGCAGCAGUAGAAAGUGGUAACUUAAAAAUAGUCAAAUAUUUAUUAGAAAUGGGUGCUGAUAUUAACGCAACCAACAAUCAUCAAUUCUGCGGUGGCUGGACCGCAUUGCACAUUGCGAUUGAUCUUAACAAUGAAGAAAUCGUCCAGCAUUUGCUGGGUAACAAACAUUGCGAUGUAAAUGCCAAAACAGACAAGGGUGAGACUCCUCUUCAUGUUGCCGCGGCUAAAGACAAUGUUUCAGUAGCUAAAAAACUGAUAAAGAAGAACGCCAAGUAUGAUAUCUUCGCUAAGCACGGAUUUGUCUCCGGGUUGACUGCUUAUCAUGUAGCUGUUAGUGAAAAUGCUCUGGAGAUGGUCAAGUACUUUUUAAAUGUCCUGAAAGUAGAAGUUAAUUCCAAGACUGAGGAUGGAGAAAAUGCGCUUCAACUUGCGGGAAAAGCUAAAAGCACGGAAAUGAUUAAUUUGCUUCUAGAUAAUGGAAUAAAUAUCAAUCAUGUUAAUGAGCAAGACUCUGGACAAAGUGCAUUGCAUAUUGCUAUUAGACAUGAUGACAAUGAGCUGGUUGAUUUGUUGCUCAGAAGAGGUGCUGAUGUUAAUAUUCUUUCUGCUGAUGGAAAAACUGCACUUUACGAAGCUAUUUGCAAGAAGAAUCAAUAUAUCAUCACACGUCUCCUGGAUUGUGGCGCGGAUGUUAAUAAAAAGAGCAAUUCUAAUCGCUAUGAAGGUAUGACGGCAAUUCAUCAAGCUACCCUUCAAGAAUCCAUGGAGUUGAUUAAAUUGUUAAUGGACAGAGGCGCGGAUAUCAAUGCCACCGCGAGGAGUAAUUACAGUUUUAAAAGAGAAUCUGUUAUUGAUAUGGCGAUUAAAAAUAAUUGCGAUGGAGAAUUAUUGCAAUUGCUCUUGGAUCUUGGAGCUGAUAUCAAUGAAGCUUGUGUUUAUAAAAAUCUGCGUGAUACUACUUCCACGAUACUCCAGCAGCAUGUACUUAAAUUAAAAGCUGCAAAGUUAUAUGUUCACAAGAAGCAUUUAGAGUGGAUUAGCCGCGGGAUUAAGAAGAGAGAGUAUCAGAGUAAGUGUAUCAAGGAAGUUAAGAGUAUGAAGAAAGAGAAGAUUACUAGAACUAGUGUUUCUUACUAUGAUGUUCUGGUUAAGGGUGUUGGCCAGGUGGUCAUGUAUGCGGAGAAUAAGAAUAUUGAAAAGGCUAUUAAAGAUAAAAAAUUGGCUACCAAGUUCCCCUUGUAUGCGAAAAUGUUGGUUUGUCAGUUUAAAAAGGGGCAGAAGAGGAAUUUGUUGCUGAAAAAUGCUGAGAAGAAACUUGAAGAUAUUUUUGGUGAUUUACCUUACAAUUGUGUUAGAGACAUUUUGAUAUACUUAAAUAAUGAAGACUUGAUGGUUUAUUCUUAA